AUGGUUGGGCUUGAUGCAGCAAUUGAGAAGAAAGAAGCUGAAAACAGAGCAGCGAAUAUUAAGGUGAAUCAAGUGGUGGCGGUCGAUUCACUACAGUUGCCGGAACUGCCGAAUGCGGAAAUAGAAAGAAAGGAGAGUUUACAAAUUUUAUUUUGUCCGCCGAUUUGGAAACCGCCAGAUGCUGAGUCACCAGUCGUGACUUCCCCAACUCCACCGAAGCCAUCAGAAUCGUUUGAAUCACACUUAGCAACAACACAAGGAGAUUUUAUUGGAAGUUUUCAUUCGUCACUGAAGCAGAAGGAACAACCUCCACCGAAACCACCGGAUGCCGUUCAAUUGGGGACGGUACUACUACGGCGAGUUCCACUGCCCAAGCCGCCGGAUUUGGGAGCACGAGUUGGGACUGUUCUACUGCCACGACCUCCGUCGAAACCGCCGAAUGCCGGUAAACCUGCGAUUAUGACGGCCAUUAUACUUGUGACGGCAGAAGAGUCAAUCUCAGGUGAGUUGAUGCGUUUCAUGUCUCUUUCAGUUGAGAAGGAUCUAGAGAAAGUAAGGGUAAGAUGGGGAAUUAAUGAUGCGGUAAGGGAAAACGGGUCAAUGGAUAAAGUUGGUAUCUCCUUCAACCCAAUGGAUCAGACCCACACUAAUUUUUGUAGAAUUUUAAAGGGAGUAGCAAUAUGGGCUGGAGUAGAGUUAUUGGACUUGGUUCAAUUUAAUGAAAGCAAUGGGAUUCUGAAAAAGGGGGUGCAUAUAGCUGAAGAUACUAAUUUGAAAGAACAAGACAUAGGAUCAAAUUGGUCAUGCUGUAAGUUAGGUCCAACUGAAAACCAAAUUGGUCAGGCCCAAAACAAUUCUAGAUGGGUGAGAGAAAUUCAAAGGUGGAGCGAUGUUGGAUCACUUAAGCUGGCUCAUGUGAGUGUUGUUCCCUGUGUUGGAAUCCGACCCGACACGAAAGUGCAGAUAAAAUGCUUUACGUUGAUCCCACCUCUGGUACGUGUCUCUAUCUGUAAUGUGAAAUUCAAGUUUUUUAAGCAAGCUGGAGGGUUACAGGGUGUUGAUGAGACCAUAUGUUUGAAAGAAUUCAUUAGGACGUUGCCAAUGUGUUCCCAUUUUUCUUUAAUUCCAAUUGUGAAACUUUUGCAUGAGUUUGUGGUGAUAAUUUGUGCUAACUGGGGUGAUUUUCUAGCAACUACUUUAAUUGAGAUCUAUGGGGAAUAUAGUCAUGUUUCUUGGGCAUAUGGACUUUGUGAUCGAUUUAGUACACAGUAUGGUGGAUUUGCAUUUUGGUAUGCAUUACUAAGAUGUUACAUGAAUGAAGUUUAUGAGUAUCCUUUUGAACACCUUGGUGACACGUGGGCUGAAAAGGUGCAAACUAAUAAUGCAACAAUUGUCCUUGAGUUAUCACCUUAUAGCCACAAUAGAAAAAUUGGGAAAGGACCGCAUGUUUACAGAAUGAUUAAAGGGUAUGAUGUGAUGGUAAGUGGUUCUCUUUUUGUAUGGAAUGUGGCCAUUAUUACUAGAUGGAGAAAUUCAAGGUUUGAUUUCGCCAAAGUGAAAAUAAUGUUAUUGUAUUAUUCAGUUUUGAGAAUAACAUGUAAUCCAGGAGAACUCAAUAUUCUUACUGCAACUACAACUAAUGACUACUGUUUAGGUGACUUACUUAUUUUUUAUGGAUGGUUCAACUUUGUAUUUGAUAGAGGCAAGUUGGAUGGAUGCAAAAUUUCAACCUUGAGGACAAGGUUGUUUGGAGGGGUGGGUAUUGAUAGAGACUUGAAUGUGAAAGUGGGCUUUGACUUUGGCCCAAAACUAAGGUGUGAUGCGGUGACAUGAGUGCAUGGAGAGUAUGAGGACUUACUCCACUAUAUAAGGAGUGUUAUGCACAAGGAAUAAUUUAGCUAGAAUUUCAGUUAGAAUU